AUGUCUGAAAAUGAUGUUAUCUUAGUAACUUCGUCAUAUGAUCAUAAUUUUAUAUUUUGGGAUGCUACAACAGGAUAACAAAAACAUGAAAUCAAUUAUGGGGAUAAAGUUAUUGUUAACAGAAUUGACACAUCUUAAGACAAAAAGUAUUUGGCUGCAGGUGGAAAUUUCUUUGCUUCUUACUACGAUAUACACUCUUAAAAGAAUACUCCUGUUUAUGUUUAUGAUGGAUAUAAGAACAAUAUUACAGGAAUAGGAUUUUUGAAGGAUAGUAAUUUCUUUUAUACCUGUUCUGAAGAUGGAUUUAUAAGAAUACAUGAUCUAAGAUCUAAUAAUUUAUCAAGAGAAUACUAAGAGAAGGAACCAUUAAAUACAAUAUGCUUGCAUCCAAAUGAGACUGAAUUAAUUGUUGGGGAUCAAAUGGGAAAUGUCAAAAUAUAUGAUUUUUAGUAAAACAAGGUAAGAUUGAGACUAUCUCCUUGUCCUGAGGUUGGCAUUAGAUCUAUAUCGAUUGCUUAUAAUGCUAGUCAGAUUGUAGCUGCUGAUUCAUAAGGGCAAUGUCACACUUAUGUUAUGAAUAACAUGGACCUUACAGAACAGAGUUUUUUGUAUAGGUUUGAAGCUCAUUAAGAUUACAUACUGAAAGCCUCUAUUUCCGCAGAUUUAAGGUAUUUGGCAACUUGCAGUGCUGAUAAAACAGUAAAGUUAUGGACUUUGAAUGAGAAGAAUUUAGGAAAUGACAGAUAUCCCAGAUGGGAAUUGUUCUCCACUCUCUAUGGACAUGGGAAAUGGGUGUGGGAUUGUGCAUUCUCAUGUGAUUCGGAGUAUAUUAUAACAGCUUCGUCAGACUUAACUACUAAAAUAUGGUAAACUGAUAGUGCUGCAGUGCUUAGAACUUUAAAGGGACACAAAUAGGCUGUUACUAGUUUGUCAAUUAAUGAUAUAGCAAUUGAUUGAUAUUAUUAUU